AUGGAGUCCACAAAGAGGCUAGAGGUCGUCCUCCACUCUGGAAGGGGUCUCAGAGACGUCAAACACUUGCGCCCCAUGGAUCCAUACGCUAAGGUUUGGAUAGCAGGAGAUGGCAAGGAAUCCAAGCAAAGAACACCUAUAGCAAGAAAAGGCGCUUGUAAUCCUAAAUGGGAAUGUUGUAUGCAUUUCGAUAUCAGCUCCGUGAGCACGGAUUACAUCCUCUUCUUUCAGAUCAAACACAGCGGGACGUUGUGUGACCGGAGAAUAGGAGAAGUUCAAGUGCGUUUCGCAGAUCUCCUCGCUGUUGGAAUCUCAAUUCCUUAA